UCAUCGCCGCGCUUCCUGAUUUGUUCUUGGGUUCCUCCGCGGUGACGGGAGGAAGGCUGCUGCGGGUUCGCGCGACGCGGUUCCUCGGGCCUGGGGUCAGCUGGUUCUUGUGGGAUGCCAGACAUAUCUUGGGCGCAUCGUUCUGCGUGGCGACUGUGUUCGGGGUGGCCGGUCGCGUUCUUGACUGAUUCUGGUGCGGCUUGAAUAGGGCGGAGGAAAAUCUCGAUGGCGUUUUGUAGCUGUUAGCCUCUGCGCUCAUUGAGUUCGUUCUAUUUUCCUACACGAACCCAUUGUAGGCUACGGCUCCUUUGUGCCCAACGAGGAUAAUAUGGUCAGAAAAAAGGCUGAACUGAACGUGGGAUUGACUGUCAAACGUUGCCUCUACAAGACUUCUCAACUUUAGAUGGCGAGGUCUUGCUAAGUAGUUUGGUCAAGCAGGGCAUAUAGCAUGAUGGAUUCGUAUGGGCCUUAGACUGGGGAUAAGGUUAAGCCUACUACAGGAUAUUAUAGCAUAUACCUCUAUCUUCGAAGCGUUAGACGGUUAGGUGGGAGUGUUAGAUCAUCCAGGCUUCUUUGUGAAAGAAAUUUAGCUAGCUGCUUAGUUCGAGAAAUUCUCAACUUGUGUUAAUUGUCCAUAGCGACUUGGAUCUUGAAUUUUAAGUGGCAUUACAGACUAUAUCCCAUGUGCAGAUUCAUUGUGAGCUACCUCAAAAAUGUCUGCAAGCACUUCCCACACAAUUGAUAGCUCUGGAACCGAUGAUGAGCAUGAUUCAUCUCAACCACGUGUUAGGAGAUCAAAGGUAUGGCAAUUCUUUGAGCAAGAUUUGGUGAUGGUAGAUGAUGUUUGGAAGGCAGUUUGCAAGUAUUGUGGGCUGAGACUUGGGGCUCAAUCGGGCACUAGUAGUCUUAGAAGUCAUAUUGCUACAACUUGCCCGGCUAUUGGGGAUGCUGAUAGAAAUAGGUUUUUAGACACCAUAAAGAAAAAAUCUUCAGAUACCUUUGUGUUUGACCCUGCCUUAAGUCGUGAGCGCAUGGUUCAGUUUGUCAUACAUGCUGAAAUCGAAUUCAAUAAAUUUGAAGACCCUUACUUUGAGCCAUGGAUGGAAAGUCUACAACCAACAAUGAAAUGUGUAGGGCGCCAAACCGUUCAUAAUGAUUGCCUCAAGAUGUAUGAGAAGAUGAAGCAAGAUCUUCACAAUGAGUUUUCAGUCUUAGACUCUCGUGUGUGCUUCACAUCCAAUAUGUGGACUUCCCUUCAGAACUUAGGAUAUAUGGUCAUAACUGCACAUUAUGUGGAUGCUGAUUUCAAGCUUAAGAAGAAAAUCAUUAGUUUGAAGGAAGUCAAGUAUCCUCAUACCGGCUAUGCUUUAGAAGAGGCUAUUGUAAGCAGCCUAACCGAGUGGGGUUUAAGGGUGAAAAUGCUUACUUUAACCUUAGAUAAUGCAGGCAACAAUACCAAGGCAUGUGAACUAAUAGUACAGUAUCACAAGCAUGAGUUGUUAUGUGAGGGAGCACAUCUGCAUGUUAGAUGUUCUGCACAUAUUUUGAAUAUUCUAGUUCAAGAUGGAAUGGAACUUAUUCAUGCUGCAAUAGAGAAGAUUCGUGAGCUGUUGAAGAGCAUAGAAUCUUCACCGUCACGAAUUCAGAAUUUCAACUCAAUUGCAACUAAUAAGGGUCUUAAAGCAAAACGUGGCAUUUAUCUGGAUAUACCAAACAGAUGGAAUUCUACAAUUAGAAUGGUACGAGAAGCAUUAGAUUACAAGUCUGUACUUAGUACUUAUGCUGAACAAUAUCUUGAAGUUGCACCAAAUGAAGAAGAGUGGUCAAAAGCCAAAGCGAUAUGUGUAUUUCUCAAGGCUUUUGAAGAAGCCACAAAUCUUGUAUCGGCUGACCGAAAACCAACUUUGCACAAAUUCUUACCAUUAGUGCUUUCUAUUCGAUAUGCUUUGAAUGAUCCAGCAUGGCAAAAUAAUGAAGUUUUGGUAGAUUUGGCUGCUGCAAUGAAGGUUAAAUUUGCGAAAUAUUGGGAGCCUAAACCAGUGCCUAAUGAGUCUAGCCUCCGGAGAAGGAAAGAGUACGAUUUUAACGUUGUAAUUGUCAUUGCCACUAUCUUAGAUCCAAGAAGAAAGUUUGAUUAUGUGGAAUUCUUUUAUGAGAAAGUAUGCAGCAGUUUCGAUCAAGCUGAUAAAUGUAUGAAAUCAGCACAAGAUUGGCUGAAGAAGUACUUCAAUGAGUAUGAAUGACUUGCAAGGAGUGAUGGCUCAGCAUUUGUGUCAAGUUCAAGUGGAAGCACCUGUACUAUUGGUUCACCUGUGCUUGGGAAAAGGGUACUAGAAGAAGAAUUUGUUGAUUUCAAAUCUCGUCGUCGAGUUGUUCGUAGGCCAAAAUCAGAGAUUGACACAUAUUUGGAAGAGGAUCCUGCCGAGGAUAGUAAAAGAUUUGAUGUGUUGGGUUGGUGGAAGGCUCGUGCUGAUCAGUUUCCUGUCUUAUCAAAGAUGGCUAGGGACUUUCUUGCUAUCCCACUCAGCACUAUAUCAUCUGAAUCGGCUUUUAGUUGUGGCAAUAGGAUUCUUGGGGACACAAGAGGCUCGCUAACACCACAGAUGUUGGAGGCUUUAGUUAGUGCGAAAGAUUGGCUCACUAUAGUCCAAGAUAAAGAUAAGGACAAGGACGAUGAAGAUGCAGGGAUCUUAAGUGAAGUUGUUGGGGGUUGGUGCAAGGCAAAAUGUGCCACAGGUGGAAUCAGCUGGACCGGUGGGGGCUUAACCGAUGGAAUUAAGGGUUACUACAAGUGUAGCAGCGUGAGAGGCUGCCCGGCAAGGAAGCACGUCGAUUGGUGUGUCGACGACCCCUCGAUGCUGAUUGUUACCUAUGAAGGCGAUCACAACCACAACCGAGUGAUAACCCAGCCAGCCUGAUGUUUCAGGCUUUCAGUUGCAGACUGCUUCUAUAGCCAUCCUCCCUUCCUAGACAAGGGAUGACAACAACAACAACAACCAGAAGAAGAGCCUAGUGUUUGUACAUAUGUUCUGCUUCUAACAGUUGGCGGGGAGAGAGUCAGUUAGCUAGCUCUUUCAGAAAAAAAAAAUCAAUGGUGAAAGAAUGUUGUUACAAUCUUGUUGAGGCAGUGGUUCUGUUUGGUCUGUCGUGCGUUGUUUGUUAGCGCGAGCGUAAUGCUGCGAUGGCAUGGGAUUGGCUCUGGAUCGUGCAGCAAUCGUAGCGGCAUUUGUACUCGGACGUCCUGCCGUUUGAGAGGCCGGUUCCCUGCCUGCUGAGUCUGCCUUGGCGUUACCUGCAUGGUGGAGACACCAUGGAUCCACAAUGGGUUGAAACCAUAAUCGUGGGUGGAUUGGUAUAGUGUAUAGGAUAAUGUAAUAUAAUUGUGAGGGUGGAUUGAUUUUUGUAAUUGACGGAUUGGAUUGAGGUGGAUUUAUUCUUUUAUGAUACUAGUAUGGAUCGGUGUGAAUACAAAUUGGAUUUCAGCCCA